CUCAUGCUGGCUCGCCUAUACUACUUCUCUAGAAAUACAUAGAUAGUACUACAGUAUAUAUUUACGGACUGGCCAUGAUGGCGCAAAACGAGCCACACUCGGACGCUCGAACGGUGUUGGUCUCUGAUGCAGAAGAUUUCCACCAUGAGACUCAAUUUAUUGAGACGUUGCGCCUGAUACUCCGGGAAGAUCACACCAGGAUAGUAGACGACACUCUGUACGAGAAGGUCCUGGACUGGAUGCUGAGGUGCGUAACUUUAGACCCCGUAAAUAGAAUAAGGGCCCGAGAUGGAUACCAACUGUCUCCGAAAUUCCCCUCAGACUUUGCAGGCCAUGAGGAGAUCUUAAGAAUGAUUGGAAGCGGUUUACAACAGAAAGAGUCGCGAGUGGUUGCGGUUAUGCUGAAGUUGUGUGGCCAUCUGUGCUCUCUGGGGGAUGCCGCGUUUAAAAUGGUACAUGAUGGUCCCCUGGAUGCUCUCAACAUCGCCCUGCGACUGACCAACCACGCUGAGCCGCGCAUCCGCACCGCAGCGUACGAGUGUCUGACAUUGGCUGCUUCCUUCGCAGGCCACCAUGCGGACUCUGCGACGCCACGUAAUAACAAACACACUCCUGAUGCGACACAGUGUAGGACUACGCAGGUGGACGUGAACGCACACGAAAGUGCGAGGAGGAGUGUAGAGUGGUGUGCACAUGAGGAAGAGAGUCUGUUCGAAUGCGUCGCCGCAUCGCUGUCUGACCGAAGUAUCUAUGUGCAGCUGCAGGGACGUACACUGCUGGUGAAUGUGCUAAACGCGUGCCAGGACACGCCGCGCUUACUGGCAAAGAUAUGGCAAGAUGGCUCACCGAUGUAUGAUGAGAUCACUCGCGUUCUGGAUGAUGCCCCAGCUUUCUCGUACGAACGUAAGAAAGCCAUAGCUGACAUGGUACUAGCCGUGUGCUUGGCUGUGCAGGACAGCGUCCCCCUGGAUCUUGGCAGUGAUGCUCAAAGGUAG